AUGACAGGCUCUGUGGAUGACCCAUCAGCAACGAAGUUGCUCAUUGUGGGAGAGUGUACGGAGGAAGAGAAGAGGGCGUUGGCUGAUAGAAGCGACAAGCCGCUGGUGGUUGCGGGCUGGAUCACCGAAGAGAUCACCAGAGCCUCUUUGGAGGGCAUUCUACUGGUCAGCUUGGUGCCCUUCCCGUUUCCCUUCGCUCAAAUGGUGGCCGCCCUGUUGGUGGUUUUCCUACUUAUAUUACCAAUGAUGGUGUUGAGGAUGACUCAGAGUACUGUCCUGUCGCCGAUCCUCUCAUUCUUCUGCCUCCUCGGCUAUUGGGGCCUCAAUGAGAUCGCGGUAGAGUUGGAAAACCCAUUUGGGGAUGAUGACAAUGACUUGCCGUUAAAGGAAGUUCAUACGGUUUUUGUAAAAGGCAUUCGAGAUUGCGCAGGAGACCUGACCGGCCUCGACGAUGACAGGCACGAGUCGAGUACGGAAUUGAAGAAAAUCCAUGAGGAGUUGGAGGCUCUCGGCGUGCCCGAGUCACGCUACUUUUCGGAACAGCUGGGAAUCGUCGAUUUGUCGAGGCUUAGUAAAAGCGAAUUGAGAACGAGAUUCAACAGUGCUGAGGUUGCGGUCAGGGUUCACAGGCGUAUUGCUGAGUUGUCCGGAGGUAUUAUAUUCGACGUGCUUCCAUUCGUCCCUCCGACGAUCAAGCAUCCUUUUGCUGUGCAGAUAUUCGCUAUUAUACUCGGUUAUGUUAUAGUGUUCAGGACGGAUAUGGCGCUGAAUAGGUACUGGGAGGGUGUGACUAACGUUCACUUGAUGAUCUCCAAAUGGGGCGAUGCCUUUAUGCAGAUCAACAGCUUUAUCAACGUCACAAUUCGUACAUGUUCGGAACAGGAAAAAUUGACCGCCGACUUAACUAUAACUGUUUUGAAGAGCCAUUCGCUGUUUAUUGCUUAUGCUGGGAAAUGGAUGGCUCGCGAGGAAUAUGUUUUCACUCAGAGAGGAGAGUUGGAGGAUAUACGCGAUUUGCGGACAGCUUUCAAGCACCGAUCGAUCCACCCCUCUCGAGCUGGGGUCGCCGUUGGACGUUUGAAUGAGGCGGUGAAAGUGAAUCAGCUGGAAUGCUUUCCCGACAAGACUUGCAUUAUAUCGUUGUGGAUCCAAGAAGCUCUCACGAGGCUGGUCGUUCGAGGCCUCAUCAAGGUUCCUCCUCCGAUAGUGUCCAGGUGUUAUCAGGAAAUCUCCACUGGGAUGCUGGGAUAUAAUCAGGCACUCAAAGUCUCGCAAGUGCCGUUCCCGUUCCCAUUCGCCCAGAUGGUCUCCCUUUUGCUGCUCAUCUUCCUUUUCAUGUGCCCUAUUAUGGUUGUUAAGAUGACGGAAGGUACUGUCCUGUCGCCGAUCCUCUCAUUCUUCUGCCUCCUCGGCUAUUGGGGCCUCAAUGAGAUUGCGGUAGAGUUGGAAAACCCAUUCGGGGAUGAUGACAAUGACUUGCCGUUGGAGACGAUUCACACAGAGUUCGUCGAUUCUCUUCAAACGUGUGCUGUUGUCGGCCCAGCGAAGCCUUUCCAUCACUCUAGUCUGGCGGAGAUGACGAGGGAGCAGCUGAAAACUAUCAAGGAAGCUUCAUUGAACUUUCCGGAGUGCGCACUACAACCGAGCAAAGAAAAGCAUGCUCCCGUUGAUCCUCUCCAGAUUUUCACCGACAUUCGUGCUUUCGAGGGAGGAGGAUCAGGGCGUUCUCGUGGCUCUGCCUCUCUCAAAGACAGGUUUCCUAUUAUUGUUGUCAUCAUGAACCCACAGGGCGUGUCUUGUCCACCACCGCCGGGCUAUACUCACGCUCAAGUACAGCAGAUGCUGCAGGCACAGCAGCAGGUGAAGAAAGCACCUUCGGGUCGGCCAAACGACUGGCAGUGCCCUAAUGUAACAUGCCGACAUUGGAACUAUGAAAAACGAACUAGGUGCAACAGGUGUGAUACACCAAAACCGGUCGUACAGCCGGAAACACCGAGUCUUGGUGGCCCUCCUGGACUGUUCAAGAAAGGUGAUUGGGUGUGCACGGGAUGUGGCAAUGUGAACUGGGACUGGCGAGAGAGGUGCAAUAUGUGCAACUCGUUGCAACCGCAACUCCAAGAGAGUCGGGAGGGCCAGAGUGGAGGCCAUUACGAUAGGCAGGAUCCCACAGACCGAGAGAGGCAUGACUCUGAUAACGAGUCGUUGGAUGAGUUCGGGCGGAAGAAAAAGAAGAGCAAGCAUAAGAGGCAUAGAUACGAUCCUCUAGCUGAUCGACAAGCAGCAGAAUCAGCAGCUAAAGCGGCGAUGAUGGCGGCAACUCGGGCCCUGGGAACGUCGGUCUCUGAUCAAGGAGGUAUUAAUCGUGAGGGACAUGAACAAGAUGCUGGCAAAAGAGCGAGAGCAAGAGUCGGGUGUCAAGGAUCGAAGAUUAAGGCAAGUCCCUAGUGAUCGAGGUGAUAGUGGAAGACGUCUUCCCUCGGUCAGGACUCGGAGUCGCUCGCGUUCACCACGUUACUGAGGGGAACACUAGAAGCAUUAUACCUUAUCGAUCUCAUUCGAUUGGUCAUUGC